GUCCCUGCCGUCAUCUCUCCCACGAGCGAGCGAUAGUCAAAACUCAUAUCACAUCAUAGCGAAAGCGGGCCGCACGCCUUCCUCCGCAACUUUGCUUCGCGGCAAGCAUGGUCGCAGGAUAAUCGCAGGGCAUGACCCAGGCUGGGAGGCAAUGUGACCCAGACUCAACCGCACGGCAGCGGCACACGGCGGCGAGAGCAACCGUUGGCGGCAAAUUGGCGAGUGCGGUAUCCAACAGGACGGCAAGCGGCAUGUUGAGGCCGCUGGCGUGAGAACCGCUAUGGCUCGUCUGGGCAUAAGAAGGCGCCCUUUCUGGUCUCUUGGCCUCCAGCCUUCAUCAAAUCUGAACAGCCAAGGAUGACUACCCAAGUCGACAACGUCUUCAGCCCCGAGCAAGCCUACAUCGAUUGGACGCAGUAUGCCAGGGGACGUGCCCCUUACCAGAAGCGCAUGUUUGACAUCAUCUACGACUAUCACUCCAAGGGAGGCGCUGGCUGGGAUCUCGUCAUCGACCAUGGGGCUGGCGAUUGCACGCUGGCCCCUUUUCUCCUCCAACGCUUUAAGCAUGUCGAAGCCACCGAUGCCAGUGAGGCCCAGCUCAAGAUCGGCGAAGAACGUUUGAGGAAGGCUGGAAUAGACGAGACCCGCCUGACGAUUCGCACUUGCCCUGCUGGAAGCAAUCCUGGGCCUGAUGCCAGCGCUGACAUGGUCACGGCCGCCACCUGCGUGCACUUCUUUGACAUUCCCGCGUUUUUGACCGACGCCGCUCGCCUUCUCAAGCCCGGCGGCACGCUCGCCAUCUUCACGAGUGGCGGAAUCCCUGUGAUCAUCGACCGUGACCAGAGCGGCAUGACGAAAUUGUCUGCUACGGGUGAGAUGCUGAUGGAAUGGUUCAGCAAAACGGUGAUGACCGAGCUUGCGCGUCUGAGCCCCAAAGUGGCCAGUCAGCUCAACAUCGACAAGAUUGCCAUUCCACCUGUCCACUUCGAGGCCGAGAUGCGCUACGACUUGGGCGCGCAGGGCGCCGACAAGAACGGCUACAUCAAGCUGUGGAACACCUCUCCUGAAGAUCGCAAGUUCGGCAAGGAUGCCACGGUCGUCAAAGAACGUCCUCAGGAUCCUCGCAAAGCCAUCGUCUACCGCAACGACGUCACUUUUGAGGACCUUGACCGCUUCAUCAUCUCCAUUGGGCGCGCCAAGGGUGAGGGCCGCGUGCCUUGGAUCGAUAGUCAGGAAUGGAAGACCGCUCGCGCUGAGAUGGUCAAGAUGGCAGGUGGGGAGCACGUCAAGAUGGAGGCUGUCUAUGUGAGCAGGCUCGAGCGCUGCAAUACGGUAGAGCCGCAUUGACCGCUUGCCUCCCCUGGCAUCCUCUCGUACACCCUCACAGCCCCUGACGAUGCUCCUUGCCCGCAAGAAGAAGGCUUGAUGGCGACGAAAGCUACCCUCGCCGCCAUUUGCUAUCGCCACUCCCGUAUACACGUGACACCUUUCCAAUAGAAUUCAAUCCACC